GAUCUGGCUACAAAAAAAAUAGAAAGUCGAACACAAACUACUUUGACAAAGCUAAAGUCAAGACAAGUCCUGAUUAGCUUUACGUGUUGUUUAGUUUUGAGCCAAAAUCUUCUUGAUAACGGUGGUCACUCAUUUCUUUACUUGCAGUGCUUGAUCUUAGCUCGUUGAGGAGUGAGCCAGUUUCUUGGAUUCCAUCGUUGAACAAGUAGCUGAUUUGUGUGGUGGCUUGAGGCCUUCCGCAGGAUAUUUCGCUUGGUCUGUCACAAGAUUUAUUUUUUGUGUGUUGGUGGCCAUGAUCUAGGGCUCUGUGUCCAGUGGCAGUGUGAAUUUUGUCGGAAGGACUGCGGUACUAGUAUUUAAGAGGUGUAGAACUAAGACAUCCGAUGGAGAAGUCACUGUUGACACUGCUCGUUGCAGUUUGUAUUAGCAUUAGCCAUGCAUUCUAUCUACCUGGAUUAGCCCCAGUCUCUUACUGCAAGAAAGGCGCUGUGAGCAAUCCACCCUGUCAAACUGAUAUUAAAGUAUUCGUCAAUCGGUUAGAUUCGACAGAAUCCAUUCUCCCGUAUGACUAUGAGAAAUUUGAUUUCUGCGAGGCAAAGAGUGACCGUCCAUCCGAGAACCUUGGACAGGUGUUGUUUGGAGAGCGUAUUGCCGGAUCCGUUUACAAUCUGUCUAUGCUGGAGCCAAUUGCUUGCAAGCUGCUCUGCCGCAAGGAGUACGCUAAGAAAGAUGCAGGUCAAAUGAAGAAGCUGGCUUUCCUCGUUUCCAAGAUUUUGAAGAACUACGAACACCACUGGAUUGCAGACAACAUGCCCGUCACGUGGUGCUACGAAGUGAAAGGACAAAAAAAGCCGUACUGUGCCACCGGCUUUCCGAUCGGCUGCUUUGCCAACGACAAGGGCGAGCCGCAAGAUGCUUGCGUUGCUUACACCAACAUGGCGGAGAGGGGAGCAGUGUAUGUGUUCAAUCACGUUGACCUGACCAUUACGUACCACAACCCUACUACUAAUGAUAACGUGCAUCGCCUUGUCGCCGUCAAGCUGCAACCGCGCAGUAUUCACCAUCCCGAUGACGCUGCCUCUGUAGCAUGCAAGGCAGACACGAAACCAAUGAGAAUCGUCUCCGGCAAGACUGCUCCUGACAAGCAGGUCAUCAAGUACACCUACUCAGUCAAGUUUGAGAGAAACCCUGAUGUUAGAUGGGCUUCUCGGUGGGACUAUAUCCUGGCGUCUUUCCAUCAUUCCUCCAUUCAGUGGUUCAGCAUUGUCAACUCGAUCGUGAUCAUCCUGUUCCUGUCUGGUAUGGUUGCAAUGAUUCUUGUGCGAACCAUUCACCGUGACUUGGUCCGCUACAACCAGGAGUCUGCUGAGGACCCACAAGAAGAGUUUGGGUGGAAGCUUGUCCACGGUGAUGUGUUCCGACCACCCCGCUUUGGCAUGUUGCUUUCAGUGCUGCUUGGCAACGGUAUCCAGGUGACCAUCAUGAGUCUUCUGGCCCUGGUCUUUGCCAGUUUUGGCUUCCUUUCACCAUCAAACCGUGGUGCUCUGAUGACUUUUGUGCUGGUAUUCUAUGUCCUCCUGGGCUCAGCUGCUGGCUUUGUGUCGGCCAGGGUAUACAAGAUGUUUGGAGGGGAGAAGUGGAAGUCCAAUGUUCUGAUGACAUCCUUCCUGGUGCCAGGCUUUAUCUUCGCCAUUUUCCUGAGUCUCAACCUAAUCCUGUGGUACAAGCAGUCUUCUGCGGCUGUGCCUUUCGGCACUCUGCUGGUCGUUCUUCUCUUAUGGUUUGGAGUCACUACACCGCUGACCCUGGUCGGUGCAUUCAUUGGUUUCCGUAAGCCGGCUCUCGAGCAUCCCGUGCGUACUAACCAGAUCCCGCGUCAAAUCCCUGACCAGGUUCUGUACGUCCGACCCUUCUUCGGCGUUCUCAUGGGCGGUAUCCUUCCGUUCGGCUGCAUCUUCAUCCAGCUGUUCUUCAUCCUCAACAGCAUCUGGUCUCACCAGACAUACUACAUGUUUGGGUUCCUUCUGCUGGUCUUCAUCAUCCUGGUCAUUACCUGUGCUGAGACGACCAUUCUUCUCUGCUACUUCCAUCUAUGCUCGGAGGACUAUCAUUGGUGGUGGCGUUCGUUCCUGACCAGCGGCUGCACGGCCAUCUACUUCUUCAUGUAUUCGCUGUACUACUACCACUACAAGAUGGAGAUGAGCGGCCUUGCUAAUAGCAUGCUGUUCUUUGGCUACAGUCUCAUCAUGGCCACGCUCUUCUUCACUUUCACAGGCUCUGUUGGGUUCUUUGCUUGCUUGUUCUUCGUGCGGAAGAUCUACAGCAUUGUCAAGCUCGAUUGACUCAUAGGCGUGUGAUCCUCAGGCUGCCUGCUUUCAUCUACCCUUCGCUGUAUGUGCUCAGCUAUAGGGCUGCUGUAAAAUAUUCCCUUUGCCAGAUGUAAAGUUUUUGAAUGCGUUGAAAUUUAAGCUGUGUCUUGUAUGACACAUCGGCCUUGUGUGUAGAUGCUAACACCACUUGUGAUAUCUAUGCAAUUACUAGCUUCCGCACAGGAAAUUUGUGUUGCCUUUCACACAGCCAUUUGCCCUGUGUGGUGCUGUCAGUGUGUAUGUGCGUUGAGAGCAGUGAAUACACAGCGAAUUUUUUUUGUUUGUUUUUGACCCCCUCGGUGUACCGCAUCCUGCAUAGCAGAAUACUCCGUUUAAUCACGGUGUUGUAUGCUCUGCCUCUCUCUCUCUACCUCUAUAAUUUCGCCGGUGUGUGUCAUGUGGAAUAUGUGUGCAUUCAUCUUCUUCUUUUGUCGAUACUCACACGCCCCCUUGGUAUUUGUACGAGCACAUUAAUUUUGUAAACUGCCCAUUUAUUUCAUUCCCAUCGAUAGUCCGAUUAAUUCCUUGUCGUUCCCUCUGUCUUAUUGCUGUAGGAUCUAUUGCAACUAACAUGUAUACGACUGCUAUGUUGCUGUUGUGUAUUGCACGCAAUGUUCUGAUUACCUAUCCUACUUUGAUAUGUUCAAUAUCGAAGCAAACCCUU